UCUUUCGUACUCACAGCACCAGAUAUGGUUGGUUCUCCGACGUGUUUCCUCACGACUAAGACUCGAGGAUGAGUUUAGUUAACAUUUAGUAGGCCUUAAAGUAAAACACUGCUGUUGCAUUAGUGUAGGUGGUAACAAGUUCAAAACAAAGGGAUGGCUCAGUUUCAUCGUCGACCGGUCGUUUUCGUGUCGUUAACUUUGUUUCUUGUUUUUGUUUUACGUCAAAUUAAUAACAAAGACACAUUAGAUCAAAACAAAGUAGCAGCGCAAGCAUUACCAAUCCAGCAAGAACUUAAUGAAGUCAAGAUUUCACAUGUUGAGAAAAGGCCACCAGUCAACUACGUGGUUUUUGGAUCCAACACCCCCAAUGGCGAAAGUUAUCGUUCUUACGACUACGCCUUUAAUUUACCUCUGACCGCUUUAGCAUGGGAGCGGAUUGGCUUUCGAUCGAUCGUUUUAAUCAUCGGCUCUCGUUGCGAAUGGGAAAACGAUCCCGCUUUGAGCUUCAUAUUGUCUCAUCUGGAAGCUCGGCGAGUGAGCAUCAUCUUCAUCGCCUCAUCACUAGAACAACGGCCAAAACUCAGUCAGACGGCCAGAGCUUUCGCCGUCAAUUUGCCGGGAUUUCCUGGAAACGAUAACGACUAUCUGAUUACAAGCGAUUCAGAUCUUUGGCCGUUGCGGAGGGAGCACUACAUCCCCCGUCCGAACAUGGACGUCAUCCUCGUUCACAGCCGAUGUUGUGGCUUUUUCCUAAUGAAUAAUAAAUCUUAUCCCAUGUACCCGAUGAGUAAUAUAGGUGCCACCGUGUCCACCUGGCGACAAGUAAUGAAUGAUAAUCAUUCGAUCGCUUACGAUGCCGAAACUAUCUUGAAUUAUCUGGAAGACGUGUUUGGAGAAAUGUCUAGAGGUCCAUUAAUCGUCGGCAAGGAGACGUGGUACAUGGAUCAACGUAUGACGAGUAUUCGACUGACGGAAUGGAUGGGGAAAUAUGGCAAUAGUUCCGUCUAUCGGGUUUCUGACGAUGGUUUUAGUCGUCUCGAUCGAAAUCAUUGGGACGUUGCUAACAUGUCACAGGAAAAUUUCACGUUGAAAUUCGACACGCAUUUGCCAGUAAAAAUCUAUUUGCCAGUCAACUGGAACAAAAACAUUAAACCUCUAAUCAACUUAAUGUUCGGUAAAGAUUCAUGGCAAGCUAAGUGGUGCGAUGAUUACGCCAACGAAUUUUUGCAUAAAGUGACAAAUUAUCUAAGUUUUGGUUACGCCGGUUAAAUUUCGUGCAAACAACAACAAGAAACGCACUCUAAUGUAAAUUCAAAAACAAUGAAUUGUUACUCUCUCUCUUUUUUGGGGUGGUGGGAAGGGGUCUCACUUCACACUUGUAUAUAUGUUUUCAGUAGGCUAUCAAAUUCUUUGAAAAAUACGGCCUUGUCUUUACAGUUUUAGAUUUUCCCGUUCUUUCUGUGUGCAUAUAUGUAAAUUCUAAAGGUCAUUGGGUGAAAAAAAAAGAAAAACUCCUACCCCACAACUUAUCAUGCAACGAUGUGGCUUGUAAAAUUUCUCAAAAAACGCUACAGUAGUCUGAGAUCAUGGAAUACAAUUUGUUGUCUGAA